AUGCUCUACGAGCAAAAGCUGAGCAAGGAGCUUGAUUGGAUCCUUAAGCUACAAGGUCAGAUCAAUCUGUUGAAGAGUUUGUCAAACGAGCUAUCUGCUAUUGCGGAGCAGACUAUAUUGAGGAAUUGGGAGCUUGAAGAAGAGGCCUGGGCCGACAUCGAGAUAGCGCAGCUAAAGGAGUCUACGGCCCUUGAAGUGGACAAAGCUGUGGUGACCCGGCAUUGUCGAGAGUUGGAAGAGGUUAACCGUAUUUCUUCGCUGGCUAACCAAUCAGGGGGAAUAAAGGCCUAUCUUGAGGAUUUCAAGGAGGAUGGGGGGCUAGUCUCAGUUGCGAGGUUAGAAAGUCUUGAUGCUGACAAGAAGGAGUAUCUGGAGGAGUUCGACGCUCUUGACGUGGUCGAGAUUACUGAUGCUGACUUCGAGGUAACUCUGCCUUGCGAUCCCGCUCUUUCUGUGGAAAGGGUCAUGUCUGAGGCAGCGCCCGAUCUUGACCAGUACGGGACCCAUAUGCUGCAAGAUGAGACCACGGAGGAUGUUUAUUCUGAGGAUGGCGCAGGUUCUAGUUCUAGCGCCGCGAAACACUUGGCUUUUAGGGAGGAUUUGGCCCAUGACGCAGGUUCACCCGCCGCUCAGCUCGAUCUCACUCUAACUCUUCUCCUUUAG